GUUGCGGCGGAAAGCCUGGGCACUCGCUUUAAGUACACACACGUCUUUCUUUCGCUCUCUCUAUCUGGGAUUGGAGCUGCCCGAGGGUUUACACGUUCGGGGGAAGCGUGUCUGCUCGCGAUCCAGAUCUCGUCUCAGAUACUCGAAAAUCUAAGUUUUGUCAUAGGGUUUAGGCUUGUUAGCUUGUUCUUCAUCUCUUUCUCCCUUUCUUUCUCUUUUUCUCUCUAUAUCUAUAGCUGAACUUGUGUCGAGCUUCAGUUUGAUUUAGGUUUUAUUCGAACAAAUUUAUAGUUACUGGACGUCGUCUUUUUUUUUUUUUCGUAAUUCAUUAAAAUUUUAUAUUGAGUUUCGGUUUGAUCCAGGGUUUUUCUUCCCGAACUGAACUUAAAGUUAGUGGGGUGUUGUAGUAUUUUUUUAAAAUUUAAUUUUCUAAUUUUAGCCUCUUGCCCUGAACCGAGUGUAUCAUCUACUGGAAGCCUGAGCUGAAUUUAAAGUUAGUGGGGCGUUGUAGUAUUUUUUUUUUUUAAAUUUAAUUUUCAAAUUUUAGCCUCUUGCUCUGAAUCGAGCGUAUCAUCUACUGGAAGUUCGUUCGGCUGGAGUUCGAAGGAUUUCAGGGCAUUGAAGGCGAGGAAGGGUUCUGGGAAGCCGUAGGACUCUGCAAUCUCAAAUGAGAGAGGUGAUUAAAUCUGGUGGGAAAUGAUCUUGUAGAGCACAUUGGAUAGGGAGAUUUAAAAAAUUGGUUGGAAACAAUUCAGUUGUUAGGAUGGCAAAAAAGGACAGGUUUCCAGAAGGUUACUCAGAUGAAUUUGUUCCUCAUUAUCAACAUGCUUAUGGCCCCCCACGUGAAUCAGAGGGAUCUGGUAGUUCAGGGCGAGUUGACACUGAAAUUACUGCUUCAGAAGACUCUUUUGCCCCGGUUAGGAAAUGUAUUAGUUUGAAUUCAGAUAUGCAGGAUAGUUUUGGCGUCCCUACACAAGUCCUCCCUCUGUUGAAUAUUUCGUCAUCUGCAAGAAAGGACUUAGUACUCAGAUUGAGAGCAGAACUUGAACGGAUUCGGAUUCUUCAGAAGAAAGUUGAUUUGCAGAGGUCAAAUGGUGGUGUAAUGUCCUCUUCUAAUGGGCCUCCGCAGGAGAAUGCCCAAAAAUCAUCUAUGUUGACUUCUGAGCAGAGGAAGAACUCUAAUCAUCCAGUCCAUAAGUGCUGUGGCUGGAAUCGUGGUUCAUCAGGCAAAAUUGAAUCUGCAAAAGAAGCUUUGAGACCAAGUACGUCGACUACAAUGGUAAUGAAACAUUGUGAAACAUUGUUAAAACGAUUGAUGGCUCAUGAGUUUGCCUGGGUAUUUAAUUCUCCUGUUGAUGUAGUGAAGUUGAACAUUCCAGACUAUUUUAAUGUUAUUAAACAUCCAAUGGAUUUUGGGACAAUUAAGAGCAAGAUAUCUUCAGGUUUGUACUCAACUCCUCUGGAAUUUGUUGCUGAUGUGCGGCUGACUUUCUCUAAUGCUAAGACCUAUAAUCCACCUGGAAAUGAUGUCCACAUCAUGGCAGUGACACUCGGUAAAUUUUUUGAAAUGAGAUGGAAAGCUAUUGAGAAGAAAAUUUCUACCAAUGAUGACAAGAUUUUGCCACCAAAAUCAGGCUUUUGUGGAGCCAUGGAAACAGAUAAGUCAAUGCCUCCCUCAAAAAAGAGGAAAAUCACUUAUUUGCCGCAGGAAGUUAUGUCACAUGAUGCUGAGCGGAUAAUGACAGAUCAGGAAAAACAUAGUUUGGGCAUAGAAUUGGAGGCUUUAUUGGAAGAACUGCCAAUGAACAUUGUUGACUUUCUGAGAGAACAUAGUCCCAAUGGAAGGGAAAUUGGAGAGGACGAGAUAGAGAUUGAUAUUGAUGAUCUCAAUGAUGAUACAUUGUUUACUUUACGGAAGCUUUUAGAUGAUUAUUUGCGAGAGAAACAAAAAAAUUGUGCAAAAGUUGAACCUUGCGAGAUAGAGCUGCUAAAUGAGUCAGGGCCUAGCAGUUCUUCAGUGCAACAAUGCAAAGUGAAUCCUGUUGAUGAGGAUGUUGAUAUUGGUGGGAGUGAACUACCUGUCUCAAGCUACCCUCCAGUGGAGAUGGCAAAAGAUUCCGACCAUAGAAGCAGUAAAUGUAUUAGCUCAGGCAGCUAUGGUGGCAAUGCAGAUUUGAACUCUAGCAGUUCUUCAGGAAGUGAGAUGGAUGGUGCUAAAGCUUCAUAUCCUGUGAGUGCGUCAAUGGAGAACUUUGGUUCUGGGUUAGAUAUAAUAAACAAAAAUGCAAGUGUUAGCAGUCCGGUUGAUGGAAAUCAACCUGUUAGUGGGCUGGAUAAGCUUGAUCUGAUUAUUCAAAAAAAACCGAAGUCUUCUCAGUCAAAUCCCCAGCAAGAAGGGGAGAUUGCUCCAACUGAGAGGCAAGUUUCUCCUGAGAAGCUCUAUAGGGCUGCUCUGUUGAAGAAUCGAUUUGCUGAUACCAUUUUAAAAGCUCGAGAAAAGACACUUAAUGAGGGUGUCAAGGGUGAUCUUGAGAAACUUCGUCGCGAGAGGGAAGAACUUGAAAUGCAGCGGAAGAAAGAGAAAGCUCGGUUGCAAGCAGAAGCCAAGGUUGCUGAAGAUGCUCGAAGACGAGCAGAAGCGGAAGCUGUCGCCGAAGCUAGAAGGAAGAGGGAACUUGAAAGAGUGGCAGCUCGGGAGGCCUUGCAGAAGAUGGAAAAGACUGUUGAAAUUAAUGAAAAUUGUCAGCUUCUCAAAGACCUAGAAAAGCUCAGGGCUGUCCCUUCUGAGCAUUUACUUAGCUCUGUAGAUGAGACGAGCCUGGACCUCUCUCAAGAAGGCUUGGGUAGUUUCAAGUUUGGUGGCAGUAACCCCUUGGAGCAACUUGGAUUGUUCAUGAAGAUGGAUGAGGAUGAAGAAGAAGGUGACCCGCCUUGUGCACUAGACAUGGUUGAUGAUGUCGAGGAAGGAGAAAUUGAUUAAAUCGGUGUGCUCUACUGGCUGUUUAUUUAUGAAGGAAGGAGCAAUGAGAAAUAUUUUGAUCAAGAAAUUUUUGCCCUGGUACUUGCAUUCUUUUGAUGUGCAAAUGGGAGCGGGAGUACUGUUUUCCUGUUUGUGGCUGAAUGGGAAGCAUAAGCAAGCAACACUCAUCACUAAUGAAUGUCUAAUAGGCAUGGGGUGAUGCUUUUCAUACAUUGGAAUGCAGAAGAUGGCUUUAAUGCUGGGACUCCAUAACUGCAAUUCAAGCAUUCUUAAUUUCCUGGAAUGGUUAUGCUGUGGGCAUCUCGAGAGUGACAGAACUGAAGAAAACAAUGAUGCCUGAUAUCCCACAACAUCAUCUGGUAAUGUACUUUGGAUUGUUCAUGUGAGGCAGCAUGGAUGUCCUAGACCAGCACAAUGUGUGGAAGUGGCUUUUAAGAGAUUGUGACGGUUUGACCGCAAGGUAAGUGCGGGCUAUUUUGGAAAAUUUAUUGUCAACCGGGUACACAAGUUUGUGUUUUAGAGGGAUCUUUACGAGGGUAUGGAAGAUGGGUUAUUGGUUGUAGCCCUUUUCUGUUUCAGUUCACACCAUAUUGGGAAAGAAAGCAGUGCAUGAGCCCCUCCAUAUUUCAUGUGCUUUUAAGUCUCUCUCUCUCUCUCUCUCUCUCUCAUUCAUGAAUGUAGUCUUCCUGGUAUCAGCAUUAAAAUCUAUUUGAUGUCUCUUUUCAUUUGUUAAUUUUUCAUUUGCCCCCUUCGGCUAUUGUGGGAGCAGUGUGAUAAAGGAAUUGUUAAGAAUAUAUAACUUUGAUUAUUGGACGGAGGAAAUAAGAUGAAAUGAAAUGAGAAGAUAAGAAUAUGUGAAUGUGAUUAUUGGUAGUUAUCAAGCCAUUCCAAAAUUCAA